CCAGGUCCUUCCCCUUUCUCUCUCUGCUGGCAAGGGCAGCAACAGCAGGACAGGGAGGAGGGAAGAAGCAGCAAGAACCUGUGACCCAGGAGCUGCCCCAGUGAUGGAGCCCAGUGACCCACAGGGGAAAAGAGUCGCUGUUGUCGGUGGUGGUCUGGUGGGUGCAUUAAAUGCCUGUUUCUUUGCUAGACGAGGUUUCCAUGUUGAUGUUUAUGAAGCCAGAGAAGAUAUCCGAGUGGCCAGCUUUGCCCGUGGCAGAAGCAUUAACUUGGCCCUUUCCCACAGAGGACGCCAAGCCCUCCAGGCUGUGGGGAUGGAAGAUCAGAUUGUAUCCAAAGGCAUACCCAUGCGGGCAAGGAGGAUACACACACCUUUGGGGAAGAAGUACUCUAUUCCCUAUGGGAAGAAGAACCAGUACAUUCUGUCUGUGGACAGAGCAAACUUAAACAGAGAACUGCUAACAGCUGCUGAGAAGUACUCCAACACUAAAUUGUAUUUUGGACACAAGAUCCUGGGGUGCAACGCAGAGUUGGGGAAGUUAACCAUAAAAAGAGCUGAUCAGCAGCCUUUGGAAGUCACAUAUGAUCUCAUUGUGGGAUGUGAUGGAGCCUUCUCAACAGUCAGAAAGGAGUUCAUGAGGCAAACACGCUUUAACUACAGUCAUGAGUACAUUCCUCAUGGCUAUAUGGAGCUGACCAUCCCACCCAAGGAUGGAGACUUUGCCAUGGAACCAAACUACCUCCAUAUCUGGCCAAGAAACACCUUCAUGAUGAUUGCACUGCCCAACAUGGACAAGUCCUUCACCUGCACACUCUUCAUGCCCUUUGAGGAAUUUGAGAAGCUCACAACGGGUGAGCAAGUGCUGGGUUUUUUCCAGACCUACUUCCCAGAUGCCAUCCCCCUCAUCGGAGAGCGAGAGCUGAAGCGUGAUUACUUUUUGCUGCCAGCCCAGGCCAUGAUAUCUGUGAAGUGCUCCUCCUACCACCUUGCUUCCCGAUGUGUGCUGAUGGGAGAUGCUGCGCAUGCCGUUGUGCCCUUCUAUGGACAGGGCAUGAAUGCAGGCUUUGAGGAUUGUCUGGUCUUUGAUGAAUUAAUGGACCAAUUCCACAAUGACCUUGGUGCCUGCCUCCCCGAGUUCUCCAGGCUGAGGGUGCCAGAUGACCAUGCAAUCUCAGAUUUAGCCAUGUACAACUACAUAGAGAUGCGCAAACACGUGAAUUCAAUGUGGUUCAUUUUCCGGAAGCACGUAGACAACUUCCUCUACACCCUCAUGCCUUCCACUAUUGUCCCACUGUACACAAUGGUGACUUUCACAAGAAUUCGCUACCAUGAGGCACUUCAGCGCUGGAAAUGGCAGGAAAAGAUAAUUAAUCGAGGGCUUUUUGUCAUGGGGACAGUAGGACUGGGUGGCACCUACCUGCUCAUUAAGCGUCUGGCAAGGGACUCAGACUUGUGGGGCUGGUCCCAUUAUCUCAAGAAUAUUGGAAAUUAUCCCUUUGGCACACAAGUGGCUUAAUUGUAAGCGGAGCUCCUGGUCGUAAUAAAAGCAAAUGCACAGGUUGUUUGAUCAGAAUCCAAAAUGUUGUUUCUCUUGGAAUGAGACCUGGCAGCUCCUGCAGCACCUCUGCCUUCCAGCUUCCUAAGAAGUGGCCCCUCUCCUUCCCAAGUGACAAGAGCCCUGCCGGGGCUCAAAUGUCUCUCUGCUACAUCUCAGCAGCAUUGUCUCAAGUGAUGCUCUGUGUCACGGGCUGGCUGUGGGGUUUGUGUGCAGUAACAGGGGGAGCCCGCACCCUCCUAGCCAGCAGGACAGCCACGUGAACCAGUCGGGGUGUCCCAGCCUGCGCUGCUGACAGCUGCUCUUACCAAAAUCAAGUCAACACCUUGACUUGAAAAUUAACUGUCUUCCUCCCCACCCCAAGUCAAAGAAAAUACAAUUCAGUUAUUCUUGAUGGAAAUGAAACAACUUUAAGAAAAGAUGUUCAAGGGUGGUACUUGAAGCCUGUAGAAAGGACCAUUCCACACCUGGCUGAGA